AUGGCGACCUUGAUCAACGCUCCCAUCGACGAAGGCCAAUUCGAUGAUGCUCCUCGUCCAAGCCAGUUCUACAUCGAUACAUACGAUCCAGCGGAAGACGCUAACGCCCUUGACUGGCCAAAUUCACCACUCGAAGACGACGAUGAUGACUUAGACGACACUUAUGAUGAGAAUCGCGUAGAGGAUGAGGAUUGGGAGAUCGCAGAGCGAGAUUUCACGAAGCAGUAUAACCGUCUCAAACAGCAUGUUGCGGUCCGGACAGGCAACGCUCAAGGUACUUCGUCCGCGCUAAACCAAUUUUCGACCGUCGCGGCACUUCCUGCUGUAAACCAUCCACGUACUACGAUUCCUCUGAGUGCGCCCUCCAAUCGAUCGAAUGGAAAAGAUAAAACAAUCGAUCAACUUGCCUCGCUCGCAAAAUAUAGCUCCCGUAUCGCAAAAAUCGACGUUCCAUAUGUAAUGGGUGUCGGGGUCAACAGGAAAGGUCCUAGUGCUCAUGCGAACAUAAAAGACAAGAGCGAUCGAGCUACGAACGAGCAGGUUCUUGACCCGCGCACUCGCCUUAUCCUGUUCAAGAUGAUUGGACGAGGCUUGCUUCACGAAGUUAACGGCUGUGUCAGCACGGGGAAAGAG